GGCGUGGCCGGGGGCCUGACCCCCCUGUCCAAGCUGCCCGCCUGUAACAUCCUCCUGCUGGGCGCCCAGCGCCGAACGCUCUCGGGCUUCUCCUCCACCUCCGUGCUGCCCCACACCGGCUUCAUCUACCACAGCGACAUCGUGCAGUCCCUGCCGCCGGACCUGAGGAGGAAGGCGGCGCGGCUGGUGGCGGCCAAGUGCACGCUGGCGGCCCGGGUGGACAGCUUCCACGAGAGCCAGGACGGAAAGGUGGGGUACGAGCUGAAGGAGGAGAUCGAGCGCAAGUUCGACAAGUGGCAGGAGCCGCCCCCGGUCAAGCAGGUGAAGCCGCUGCCGGCGCCGCUGGACGGGCAGAGGAAGAAGAGGGGGGGCCGGCGCUACCGGAAGAUGAAGGAGCGCCUGGGGCUGACCGAGAUCCGCAAACAGGCCAACAGGAUGAGCUUUGGGGAGAUCGAGGAGGACGCCUACCAGGAGGACCUGGGCUUCAGCCUGGGCCACCUGGGCAAGGCCGGCAGCGGCCGCGUGCGCCAGACCCAGGUCAACGAGGCCACCAAGGCCCGGAUCAGCAAAACCCUGCAGAGGACACUGCAGAAGCAGAGCGUGGUGUACGGCGGAAAAUCCACGAUCCGGGACAGGAGCUCGGGCACGGCCUCAAGCGUGGCCUUCACCCCCCUGCAGGGCUUGGAGAUCGUGAACCCGCAGGCGGCCGAGAAGAAAGUGGCCGAGGCCAACCAGAAAUAUUUCUCCAGCAUGGCCGAGUUCCUCAAGGUCAAGGGCGAAAAAAGUGGGGUCCCCACGCCCCCCUGAGACCCCCGGGACCCCCAAAAUCCCUCCCCAGAUUCCUGGGGAACCCCCAAAUCCCCCCCAGUUCCUCCAUAUCCACCAGAAUUUGGGGUUUUGGAGCAGUUUUGGGGCAUUUUCGGGAGUUUUUGGGGGUCCUCGAGCUCAAGAGGGAUAAAAUUGGGGUCCCCCCCCCCCAUGAGACCCCCGGGACCCCCAAAUCCCCCCCCCAAUUCCUGGGGAACCCCCAAAUCCCCCCCAGUUCUUCCAUAUCCAUCAGAAUUUGGGGUUUUGGGGAGUUUUUGAGGGGUUUUGAGGAAUUUUUGGGGGUCUUCGAGCUCCAGGGUGACAAAAGUGGGGUCCCCACCCCGCUGGGACCCCCAAAUUUCUGGGGUUCCCCCCCCCCAGUCCCCUAUUUGUGUUUGUUUCCUGAACUUUCUAUAAAUAUUGGAUU